AGGAAUCUUGGCUUUUUGUAUCUAUAGGAAUCUUGGCUUUUUGUGUGUGCAGCUGGAUCGAGCUGGAUCGAGCGGAUAAACAAGUUUCAAUGUCGAUAUCUCGAUAUCUAGCGUGAUUUUGUACCAUAUUUGCUCGCUGAGUAAUUUUUUAAGGUUUCCAGGAAAUAACGGAAUCGUUGCAUAUUGAUACACCUCCGUUGCAUUCUGAUUCAAUCGUCCCCCAGUUCAGUUGGGAACUCUAGCCCAAGCUCUAGCCGUCCUAUCGUCGGGCACGCACAGGCUAGUCAUCCUCAGUCUGCUGGCGUCGCUGCUGGCCGGCUCUAGCCGGCUGUGUCUGGUUCCAACCGGUUUAUACCGGUAUGCCGCCCCGUAAGGACCAAGUGGAGCGGCAGGCGUGGCAGUGGGCGGAGACCACGCCCCCGGAGGAUGUCACCGAGGAGCACGUGCUGACCGCCUACAUCCUGCAGCCGCCGCACAGCCGAAAAACCGCCUGCAAGAAGAACUGCCGCCACCAGCCGCUAUGUAUUGCCGGUCUGGGCGAGCACGACUGGCUCUACAACAGCGACGAGACGCGUCUGUACGCCGGAGACCGCGAGGAGCCGGACGUCCGUACCGCCCAGGUGCCCGCCGGCCUGAAGAACCUCGGCGCCACCUGCUACGUCAACAGCCUGCUGCAGCUGUGGUUCCACAACAGAAAGUUCAGGCGGGCGAUUCUGCAGUGGGACCCUGUGGCCGACCCUGUGGAGCAGCUGAACGAGACGCUGCUGACGUCACAGUACUCACCACUGACACCCAUCGGUCACCUGCAGCUCAUCUUUGGCUACAUGCACGGAGGAAUGCUCAGGACGGUGGACCCGUCGCCGUUCAUCCUGUCUCUGCGGCUGGACACGAUGUACCAGCAGGAUGCGCAGGAGUUCAGCAAGCUCUUCAGCACGCUGCUGGAGGAGGCGCUCUCCCACCAGAGUCGGCCAGAGGUCAGCGGCGCCGUCCAGCACCUGAUGCGCGGACAGUACGAGUAUGUCACCAGGUGUAACGAGUGUCUGCAGGAGUCCACUUGCCCGUCCUAUUUCUACGAGCUGGACCUGCAGAUCCAGGGCCAGAAGCAGCUCUCCGACUGCCUGACAGAGUUCCUCCGAGAGGAGAGCCUCACGGGAGCCAAUCAGUACAACUGCCAGACGUGCCAGUGUAAGAGGGACGCGUCCCGCGCCAUUCGGCUCACACAGCUGCCGCCGGUGCUGAACUUUCAGCUGAUGAGAUUCGUCUUUGACCGUGAGACGGGUCUGAAGAAGAAGCUCUCCUCCCACCUGCGGUUCCCCGAGCUGCUGGACGUCUCAGAGUUUGUGGGCCGACCGUCGGGCGCCGUCACCUACCGGCUGCAGGCCGUCCUGCUGCACAAGGGCCCGUCCGCCUACUCGGGGCACUACACAGCGCACAUCUGCGACAGCGAGACGGGCGCCUGGUUCCGCUUCAACGACGAGGAGGUGGAAAAGAUCAAGUCGUUGAAGCUGAACGCCGAGGAUGACCUCGAGGACUCAGCUGCCAAGAAGCCGAAGCAGACGCGCUGUCCGAAGGGCUACCACUCGUCCAACCAGGCCUACAUGCUGGUCUACUACCGAGUCCCGGAGACGGCAGAGACGAACGGACCGACCGCCUCACAGGCGGACGGAAAACCAGCCAAGGCGGAGGGGCGGCAGGCAAAGGUGGAGGCGAAGGCGAAGGCGGACUCGAAGGCGAAACUGAAGGCGGAGGCGGAGAUCACGCUGCCUGAUCAUAUUCAGACGAUGGUGGAAGCCAUGAAUGCGACGGUCAAUGACCAGGUGCAGCUCAAUGAACAGGCAAAGAGUGUCUCCGUCGAGGAGUACCGAACCCGUGAGCGGGAGGUGCGUGAAAUCUACCCCCGUCUGACGUGCUCGGACGUACGGGCCGGUCUUCUGCUGCUGCCUGCCGCCUGGCUCUCCGCCUGGCUGGCCGGAGACACGCCCGGCCCCGUGGACCCGGCUUCUCUACUCUGUCACCAUGGGAAACUGUCACCCUGGCAUGCUGCGAAGAUGAAGUGUGUCGACCCGGGAGCGGGCUCUCUGCUAACCUGUCUAUACGGCGGAGCCGGUCUGGACCGCUCCGGUCUCUGCCGGGACUGCGUCCAAAGCCGGUGUCGGGCUAUCCGCGCCCGCCAACAACUGGAGGAGGAUGCUCGCACCGUCACCACGCUCCUCAAGGAGGACCUCAAACCCGACGACCCGGCCGUCUGGGUCGGAAAGACCACUCUCCGCGUCUGGAAACGUCUGGCUCUGCAGUCUCUGCCCCAGGACAGCCCUCCCUCAGCUCCGACCGGCGGCGGGGACACCCCCAGCUCCGUGCCUGGGACCGCCCCUGCUGCCGCUGUCACCACCACCGCCAGCUCCGCGCCGGCCACCGUCACAUCCGCUCCUGAGACAGACUCGAACACCCCCACCGACCAAACCACUACCAACGGCACUGGUCAACCUUCCAGAAAACGACCGGCGAGCUCGGUGGAGGAUGCCGGCGACUCGAGUCCCAAACGUACCCCUGGCCGGCGGGCCUCGGCCGCGGAGGACAGGACUGUGAGAGUGGGGCUGAGUGAGGACACGGCUGUGGAGAUGGCGGUGGACAGAGCGGGGGAGGUGGAAGAGGAAGAGAGUGGGUUGGGUCGUACUAAUGGUAAUGUGGGGGAUGAGGGUAAGGUCAAGAGUCUUUCAGAGGCUGUGGAGGGGAGGUGUAAAUCGGUGCUCAGUGCGGAGAAGAAGGACGCUCUUGCGAGUGAAGUGACGGAGUCUUCCGCGUUGGAUGUGAAAGAAGAGAAAAACUCAGACGAGACGAUACCUGCAGAAAGUAAAAACGUGUCAACCGACAAGGAAGAGGCGCCAACGAACGGUGCUGUGCCUUCCUCUAUGGAGACUGAACCAGCGGAAACAUCCCCGGAUCCCGCCAACCGUUCACCAUCCCCUUCCGCGUCAUCCUCCACCUCACAACCCGCAUCAACAGCCGCCUCACUGGCCUCCACAUGCGCAUCAACACCAGCAACCACUCCAACACCAUCCGCGGCUUCCACAUGUGCUUCAACCUCAGCUGCAGCAGGUUCUUCAGCUCCCCGGCGGUCGUCCGUGAGCCGCUCGAACGGUCACCCGGAGACUGACAGCGAGGGCACGGCUCGUGGCCGGCCGGGGGCGGAGACGGAGGACACCUCCGGACCGGAGGACGACGAGGAUGACGAGGAGGAAGAGUUCAACGGUGACCUGCGCUGCGCGCACGGUGAGCUGUGUGUGGAGGAAGGUGUCCGACGUCUGGUACCGCUCUCAGUGUGGUCAAUACUCGUCAAAUACUUCCCCGACGCCCCGGAGUACGGCAGGGACCGGCAGCUGUGCCAACAGUGCAGGGAGCAGGUAUCUGAAGAGGAGCAGAUGCGUCAGCUGUACCGGCAGAUGGCCACCGAGCAGCGUGCCGCUAUCAGCGACCUCUAUAGCGAUCGGCUGCGGCCGCAGGUGGCAGCACCGUCGUGCCCGCCCGGCCGCUACCACGCCCUGGGGCGGCAGUCGACAGAGCUCUGGAGGAAGUUCCUCAAGGACCCGCUUCGGAGAGACCCGGCGAACCUGGAGACACGGAGUCUGCUCUGUCGACACGGAGGACUUGUGUUCUCACCGACCGACCCGGAGGACAGGCACAGGAUGGUGUUUCUGCACGACUGGGAGUGGGACAUUGUGAAGCGGUCCGGUCACGACGGCUGUGAGGUGAUCAUCACGAGGACAGAGGGUGACCCGACCCUGGCCACCCACCCAGCCCCCUGUGAGGAGUGUAUCCAGAGCCGGCGAACGGAGGAGCAGCAGCGGCAGCUUCAGUACGCCUCCACCAAGAUCUUCAUCAGGAAGGUGGACAGUCUCGAGGACGAGAUGGAGGAACUGGCGUCGAAGCGUCCCCGUCUGGAGGGCGCGCCUGAGCCGGUCCGCCGCAGCAGUCGACCCCGGCGGGCACCCGGCUCCAAACCGCUCAGUGUCGCCUCGACAGAUACCCUGCGGGACCUCAAAGUACAAAUAAUGAAGGCGUUCAAGGUGGCUCCGUAUGACCAGCACCUGAUGUUUAACGGCGUGCCCCUGCUGGACGGCCUGUCGACGCUGGGGCACCUGGGCAUCGUCCCCGGAUCCACGCUGCUGCUCAAGGUGGACGAGGCGUCUGAGUCGGUCGACCUGACCUCCUCAGAGGACCUCACGGCCGCUGCGAACCCCGAGAUGGGCUUCAAAGGAACUGGUCUUGUGAGCUCGUGACAUGAAGAGACACCGCUGUUUCCCGAAGACGUCUAGUAUCGGGUCAUGCCUAGACCAAGCCAAAGCAGUUCGGAUAUUCACUCGACUCUGCUCGUCCGACUUCGUCCACCAUGAUAUUCGUCCGUCACAAUGUUCGUCACUCAACACGGAGGCAUUGACACCCCACUGCCUUCCCUGUCUGAUGGUGAUUUUCACUACGGAGACUCAUGCUUACAAAACCUCCCUGUGAUGAUGACUGGGGUUUUGUGUGAGUGACAACUCUGGACGGACGCUACUGUAGCGUGACAAGAGAGACGCAGACACUGUAAAAUGUGCUGUACUUGUGGAGGACAGUCGCCAAAGGCCGCAUGUGACGAUCUCUCUACCGAAGUGCCGGGCCGUGGUUGGCUGUAUUUCUGUUUGUAUGUAUGUGUGCACUGCUCAGCCGGGGUAUGUAAGGCCGCCACGCGAAUGGUCGUACCAGACUGUGUGUCUCUGAGUACUGUGUACCAUUGUACUGCGUACCCUUGGUACUGUGUACCGCUGCCUGCGGUACUCAGUGCUCGGUACGGCCGCUGACAGUGUCCACAGCGGGACCCGUACCGUGUUGGUUUUGUUGAUCGCGUUGGAUUGAGGCCGCGGCGCUGUAUAUUGUGAGCUGUGUCCGCCGACUGGUGUGUAAUAAACUGGUGCUGAGACGUGGAUC